AUGUCAUUCUGUCGAAUUCUUCUUGCUUUUCUUCUCUACAUUAUCUCAAUCACAUCUGCACUUCAGUGUACAGUAGGCUGUUCAUUUAAAUCCGAUCUUGAUACUUCUUUCGAAAUUCCUACAUCAUGCAAUCAAAGUCAGUCUUCAAUACAAUGCGCUUUUCGCAUGUCGUAUUGGUAUCAUCGAUAUUAUUCAUAUCUUUCAUUUGAAAUCGGUCAAGCAAAUGGAUCAUCAGGAAUGUAUCAUUCUACUGGAGUUCGAUUUUCUAAUGAUGGUUCACUUAGCUUUGAUUAUAGUGUUUCGCAUCUAUGCGAUCACUCCGAUGAUUGUGCAAUUGAAUUCGCUACUAAAACUAUGUCAGGUUUACUUCAACGUUUGAAAUUUAACUACACAACACUUGGUGAAGAACUUUGGCCACUUCUUGCAUCGUCAUCACCGAUUGAACAUGCUGAUCUUUCAUGUUUCGAUUCGGAUGAAAAUAUUCGUCAAUGUGGUUUGGUAACACGGCCGGGUAUCUGUCAAGGUGCACAGCGAUUACGAAGAAAUAGUCGAACAAAUCGUGGCUGUAAUAAUAAUCUUUAUGGCAAUGACAAAUCGGUUGCUGCAUACGAUUUUGGCAAUUUUGGAAGCUUUGAAAUCAGAUGUAAUCGAUCAUUAUGUAAUGGUCCAUUGACAUUUCAAGCUGUUAAAGAGAUUAUGUUCAAAUACAACAUCACCAAAACAGUCGAUGGACAAUUAAGUCAAGGAAUACGUCAUUCACUCUCGUUCAUAUUCGUUAUUUUAAUUAUUAUCCAUUUGAUAUAA